AUGUGUGUGUGUCUGUGUCUGUGUGCUCUGUCUCUGUCUCUGUCUCUCUGUCUCUCUGUCUCUGUCUCUGUCUCUGUCUCUGUCUCUGUCUCUGUCUCUGUCUCUGUCUCUGUCUCUCUCUCUCUCUCUCUGCGCCUUUUCUCUCUGUGUGCCUUUCUCUUUCUCUUUGUGUUGUCUCUCUCUGUGUCUCUCUCUGUGUCUGUCUCUGUGUCUCUGGUUCUGGAUCUUAGGAAGAGGUUCUGCGCUGCUAUUAUCGUAUUCGUACUACUACUGCCACGACUACUUCGACCGCCACUGCCACUACUACUUCAACUGCCAGCACCACUGCGACUGCCACUGCCACUGCCACUGUCAUUGCCACUGCCACGGCCAGAUAUAUUUUUCUUGCUUUCAAGCAAAUUUGAAUCAUUCAUUACCAUGACCAAGCGGAACGUCACCCCGGCUGACGUCUCCACUGCACCCAUUCUCUGGAUUCAGCUUGAAAUUUAG